AUGUACAAUACACAUCGAAAGGAACCGAUUACGCAGGUGAAUAUUGUUAUCAGAGCUUCCGUUUAAUUAUGCAUGAUUAUCGCUUUCGUUUCGUUUCUAUUAGAGGAAGAAGUAAUAUCGCACCUGUGGGUACAGCUGCUGAUUCACAUCAAUGUUUACUUCUACGGCGUUUGGCUUGUAGUGGCAGUAAUCUUUCUUAACCAUGAGUUUGCUACCAUUAGCGGUAUAGAGAAAAUUCUGUCUAUCCUUUCACUAGUAGUUGCUAUACCACUGGAAGUUAUCCGGCUGUACCUUGGCCACACGGGAAAUCUGAUGAGUGCAAUACCGAAUUUUGCCGGAUUCCUUAUACUGUCGUUACUGAUUCAACUGCCACUGCAGAUUUACCUAUUACUGGCCACGCACACUAUUCAUCAUACGGUGGCAACGGUCGUACAGUCCAUCACGAUCGCGAUGCUCGUGCUGCAGAUCAUCGUUGGCAUACCGGCAAUGCGGAAACUGUCCGCAUUUCGCAGGAAACAAUUUCAAAUACAACGCUGGCAAUAUAUCGGUAGGCGAACCGGGAAGAAAGAAGUAAAUUGA